AUGACUACUGUCACUUAUAAUAUUGUGAUUGAAAAUCAAUCUGGAUAUAGCCAACGUUACCUCUUCUUCAGCGAUGUACCUAAACCAAGGGGUAAUCUUGGUGAAGUCUAUUCCAAUGUCUGGCUAACAGCACCUGGAGUUGGAUCACCGCGCGGCUCAGCCAAAUUUACUGUCCCUGUUGAGAAUUUCGCAGUUUGUGGUACGACGCCAGGAAAACUUGAACCAGGAGUUAGCGUCUCGACAAACGACUAUGCCGAGGUGGCGCUGGCUGGACAGGACCAACCUGGUACAGUUCCGCAAAUGCAGAUUGUUGACGAGGGCGCGCAGUUUGUUCCGCCCCCUAAAGAUACGAAAAUGGCCAAUUCUUUUGGCAUCGAUACCGCUACAUAUCUACCUGUUAAAUACCAGCUAUGCCUAGCCGAUAUUUACUGCGGAUACGGAAAAAAGAAUAAGGCAGGAAAGGUUGUUCCAGUUGCUGUAUGGGCGGCAAGGCCUAGCCAGAAAUACAUAUGCACCCCUGUCAUAACCUACUAUGUCUCCACAGGGGACUACGAACCUGGCACAACUGUGGACAAAACUACUUUUGGCAAAGUGGGAACGAUUGAUUUCACAAAGGCCCUGGCAGGCCAGACUGUCGCUACCAUUAUACACACGGAUAGCUCCGUGUACAGCGCUCCAACUUUCUCUUACCCAGAUAGGCAAUUCUAUCUGUCCGAGUAA